AUGACAACUAUAAGAUGUAUUCUUGCUGUUUCAUCAAAAAGGGGAUGGAAUGUGUCUCAAUUAGAUCAAGCUUCACGGCAGUGGUAUGCUUGGCUUGCAGGGGCAUUAAGUUUUAAAGGAUACUCAUCAUCAUUGAAUGAUUAUUCUCUGUUUUUCAAGAAAACAGGAGGUCUCAUAUCUAUUUUAGCAGUCUAUGUUGAUGAUAUAUUAUUAACAGGGGAUGAUAUACAGGAAAUUCAAAGCAUCAAAGAAUUCCUCAAUUCUGAAUUCAAGUUAAAUGACUUAGGAGACAUACAUUAUUUUCUUGGACUAGAAAUUUUGCGAGAAAGUAAUGGGUUUAUUGUCAGUCAACGACAAUUUACCUUGGAUAUGCUCAACGAGUUUGAUGUCUCUCAUUUGCCUCGUGCAACUUCUCCUCUGGAUCCAUAUUGUAAGCUUCAAUCAGACGAUGGUCCUCUCAUGGACAAUCCAACUUUAUAUCGGCACUUGGUUGGCAAGCUGAACUAUCUUACCAACACAUGCCCAGAUCUCUCCUUUGUUGUUCUCACUUUGAGUCAAUACAUGCAACGCCCUUGCCGGACACAUUUCUUUGCAGCUUUAAGGGUUCUUAAAUAUCUGAGUGCUGAUCCUGGACAGGGGAUUUUAUUAUCUUCUACACCAGAUUUUUUUCUCCUUGCUUUUUGUGAUGUCGAUUGGGCCUCUUGCAAAGACACUCGAAGGUCGAAACAAGUAUCCAUCUCUCUUUCUUCUGCCGAAGCCGAAUACCGCUCCAUGAUGGGAGUCACUGCCGAGCUAACCUGGCUUGUACGUCUCUUUGAUGACCUCUCCACUCCCAUUACUCUUCUAAUUCCUCUUCACUCAGAUAGUAAAGCAGCCAUUCAUAUUGCCCGUAACCCUGUUUUUCAUGAACGCACAAAGCAUGUCGAGCUUGACUGCCACUUUGUGCAUCAACAAUUUCUUUCUGGGCUCAUUACUCUUUCUUUUGUGCCAUCCAAAGAUCAGUUGGUCGAUUUAUUCACAAAGCCCCUUUUUGGGGUUUCUCAUAAAGGGAUUCUGAGCAAGUUGGGGGUCGCUACACUUCCCUCCAACUUGAGGGGGGGUGUUAGAAAUUCAAAACCCCAGCUCACUUUGGACAUCAAUGGAGGUAUGAGGUCUGAACGAGGAAGAAGAGGAAAUGAGAAGGAAGACCGACCAAACUAA